GCAGAGUCUUCCACGUCGGCUUCGGACCAAUGGGAAAAACAGAGCACUGGAAGCACUGGUUCCAAGAGUUCGAUCGGAAGCAUGGUCUCGAGGUUCUCCUCGGCCUCUUCGGCCAUGAGGAGGAAGCUGAGCCUGCCUGGCCGGGGCAAGAGCGACGCCGACCUCUGGCGGGCCGGGGACACGUGCGAGACGGUGUCGCGCGUGACCGCGCGCAAGGAGGAGGACAUUUCCAGCGACGUCGUGAGCGAGAUCCAGCCAGGCACCACGCUGUGGGUGUUGCAGGCCGGCGAGAACAAGAGGCUGAGAGUAACCACCAAAUCUGGGCAUAUCUAA